UAUACUCCCCUCUCCCAUUUUCUUCUUUUCGUGUCAUGGGUGGGUUGAUACUAGCAGACGACUUGAGACGAUAAAUAUGAAGGAGUGGGGGGACAGUAAACACGGUGAAAGUUCUCCUGUGCAACAGUCGAACACAACACUAGGACUUCAAGAAUGUAUUAACUUGUGCUAUUGACUUCAACACUGGAUUUAUUUCUUAUCUUUUGUGUUGUGUUUUUUUUUUAUUUCUUCGUGAGAAGGAUUAAACUAAUUUUGUUUGGAAAUUGUGGAAUUCAAGGUAAAAGAAAUAUCGUGCAAAUGUACAGCUAAAUCCGAAUAAGGUGUGGGGGAAGUCCCUUGUGCAACCUUUUUACCAUAUAGACAGUCAGAGUGAGUUGAUAUAAGCUUUGUAAAUACCUAGAUAAUAAGCUUACAAAUGUUAAUACGUGUUCAAGAAGUUGAAACCUGAAGAUUUGAUUCAAUGAAGCAUCGCUUAAAAACGUCUCGUAAAAUGGAUUAAAACAUUCUUAUGCGUAUACAUAUGUGUUGAAAUGGAUACAAGAAUGACAUGUGUGCUAUAUUUCCAAAGCAUUGGUUUCUUUGUCUUCACUUUAUUGUCUGGCCAGGUAGAAGCUCAAGAUCCAUGUCAAUACACUGGAAAGACUGAACUAUUUUUAAAAGUUCUUGAAAAUAUUCAACUUAAUGAAGUUGUGUACACAGCUCCUUUUACAGAAAACUAUUCCAUCAUCUCAAUCGAUGCUAUUAUCUUAACACCAUCAUCAAUUGGCCUGUUUGCAUUUAACAUAGAGAACAGAACUCUAUAUGUUAAUGAUACUCUUGAUGCUGAGAAAAAAUUACCCAGUCCUAGGAUAGAAAUAAAAUGUACAGAGCGAGCCACAAGUCGAACAAAAAGUAUAUAUGUAAUGAUAUCUAUUGAUGAUGUCAAUGACAAUGCUCCUGUAUUUCUAAAAUCUAUCUACAGUAUAACAGUGUCUGAGACUGCUGAUGUUGGAACAGUUAUCACUUCAGAUGUGAAGGCAGUUGAUGCUGAUCUAACUCCAGCAUUUAACAUUGUUUACUACAGCAUAUUAGAUGGACCUUAUUCAGAUUAUUUUAGCUUAGCACAGAUGUUGUCAACUGAUCUCACAUUGGCCAAGAAACUAGAUUUUGAAACCAUUCAACAAAUGAAUCUUACCAUCAUGGCUAAGGAUAGUCCUAAAGAAGGAAUAUCAUUUAACACUACCUGUCUGCUUAUCAUUAACAUCAAAGAUGAAGAUGACCAAAACCCAGUAUUCAAUGCCUCCAUGUAUAGAGGAACAGUGAUUCACAAUGCUAGUUUGGGCUCUGUGGUUCCUAUUGAACCUAACAUUUUUGCUUAUGAUCCAGAUGUCACUUUCCAUACAAAUGUGACAUAUUCAUUUCAUGGUGAUGAAUUCUUUUAUGCACAGUGGAAUCCAUUCCUUUCUGGACUAGAUUUGUUCUCUCAGAAUAGUUCUGGUCAGAGCAACUCAAUACUGGAUAUCAAUCCUGUCAAUGCCAUGGUUACCCUCAAGUCUAAGCCAGAAGCAUCAGAUGUUUACUUGUUGAUACAGGCAACACAAGUAGAUAAUCCUUCCAGGUAUGGUGUAGCUUUACUGGCCAUACAGGUACAAGGAUCCAAUGUCAAUGCCCCAGUGUUUACCAGGACAGCAUACAAUGUGGUCAUUACAGAGUUUUUCCCCAAAGGUGAAGUGGUGACUACUGUUGUGGCCAGUGAUGCUGACAGUGGUUCUAAAAUACUGUACAGCCUCGAUGAUGCUACAUUGCAUUUUUCUAUAAAUAAUCUUACUGGAGAUGUUCUACUAAUGAAAGAACUGAACUAUCUCAAUAAAUCUCAGUACAUCAUGCGUGUCUCAGCAAGUGAUGGAACCCUGCAAACAAAUGCCAGCUUGACAGUCAGUAUUUGGCCUGGCAAUAGAUAUCCUCCACAAAUAUUGACAACAUCACAACAUGUACAGGGGCAGAGAGUUAAAGGAUUUUUUGUUAUCAAAGUCCAAGCUAAUGACAGUGAUAUUGGGACAAGGUUAUCAUACACACUAAUGACUUAUGCAGACUUGUUUUCAAUUGACCAACAAGGACAAAUUAAGAUAACUUCUGAACCUUACCUUCUAGUGUAUGACUCCUAUCCUCUGACAGUAGUGGUAUCUGAUAAUGGUCAACCUAACUAUCAAUCCUCUGUAGUUAUCACAGUCAAUUUUCCCAUUAAUGCCUCAUCCCUGACCUUCAGCAGACCAUCCUACAGUGUGGUCAUAACAGAGACGUUUCCAAAGGAUCAGGUCAUCACAACUGUGCAGGCUAUUAACAGUAUUAAUACUUCCAGUAUUGUGUACAACAUGGAAGAUACAUCAGGACAUUUUAGUAUCAACUCUUUGACGGGUGAUGUGAUGUUGAUAAAAGAAAUCAGUUAUGUCAGCAAGUCUCAAUAUGUCUUUAACAUUACAGCUAAAGAUGACCUUACUGAAACUUUUGUACCACUGACAGUCAAUGUCUGGCCAGUCAACAGAUACCCUCCCCAAAUUCUUUCCACGGCACGCCAGGUGGAGGCUCAAAGAGACAAGGGGCAGAUUAUUAUCAAAAUUCUGGCAAAUGAUAGUGAUGCCAUAGGAACAAAUUUGACAUUCAAGUUAUUGACAUUUAAUGAUUUAUUUACAAUAAGUCAACAAGGGGACAUCAUGACCAUUGCCGACUCUGACAAAUACACCAACAACUCUUAUGCCAUCACUGUGGUUGUCUCUGAUAGUGGAGUACCAAGCUAUGAUACGGCAGUUGUCAUUACAGUCAACUUUCCUCCUCUACCUGCAGCAUUGGUAGCAGCAGCUGAAAUGAGCCCUGUAGCUGCCAUUGUCCUGGGGGUCUUAGCUGGAGUUUUCUUAAUUAUCAUUAUUGUCCUGGCACUUUUCAUAUUUAGAAGGAGACUAAGUGACAAGAAAAAUCUGGACAAAGCCAAGAAACCAACAUCAGCCAAUGAAACAAGAGCUCUGGCAUACAGACAGAAGCAAGGCACUUUAGGUCGACAAGCCAAAGUAAAUAUGGGUUUCAUAGAAGAAAUCACUGAGCUUGAUGUCAAUGUUCAGGAGAAUCCUUUGAAUGGAUCCAGUAAGGGAGCCUACUACAAUUUCAUUCAGGGUGAUCAGGAUAGUGUUUCCUUUGAUAUUCAGAAAAGUUCAGACACUGGAACUUAUUACAACACUGCUCUAAGUGAUCAAGACAGUGGGUCUGGUGAUAUCCAGGUUGAGACGACUGUAAGACCAGAAGGCAGUGACCAAGACUUUGUUAUCAUCAAUGGUAACUUAGAUAAACAGAGUGUGGCCAGUACAGACAGUGAUGAACAUUCACCUACAGUCAAACACUCGGUACCUCAGCUUUACAGAAAUGAGUCUUUGAGUACCAACCACGACAGUAGUGACAGUGACAUCAGCUACUCUCCAAGUCCUGUUGACACUAAUGGCAUGAAAAGAUUAUUGAUGCCUGGCUCUUUAGCCAGAACAAAAGUUCCAGAAGAAAGCCUGAGCUAUCAGGAUGACAACAGCAUUUCUCUUAAUAACUCAUCCAGCAUGGAGAAUGUGAAUUCCGAUGAUUUAAGUUAUUCUCCUGGUUAUCAAAAACAAGAGUUGACAGUCUAUUUUUAGUUUUAUAACUGAUCAAUUGAAUAUAGUUUUAAAUAUUUAAUCAAAAUGUAUUUAAUUUUGUUAUACAAUUGUGUUGAUGUGAUAUUAUUUUUUUAUGGUAUUGAAAGUUUUUAAAACCAUUAUUUUUGUUUUUCCUGAAAACAACUUUGGAUAGCUACUGUUCAAAUGUGUUCAUAUAUGUUGUAGAAUGAUAAGAAGACAGAUUGAAGACAAGACAUAUAGUUUGUUUUUAACAAAUAUUUUGAAUAAAAUUCUGACAGCUUUAUUAAAAUGAUUACCUAAAACAAUCCAAGAUAAAAAAAAAUAAUGGACUUCUUGAGGUAUAUUUUGUAUGACCAGUGUUAGUCAUUUGGUAUGGAUAAAUAAUUGUAAUGAACACACUGUUUAGACUUAAUAGAUUACAACAAGAUAUUUAAUACUACUUGUAAAUCUAGAAAAACAAAUUCUGCAGUAUAACAGGGUAACAAUGGCCAGUAAAGCUACUUUGAAAGAUAAUAAGAAAUUCUAAAUUUAUUUAGACUAAGCUAGUAGGCAAUUGACAAGUUUAUUAUUUUUUUUUGCUUUAUUUUCUUGAAAAUUAAAUGCAUGUUAAGAUGUUCCUUCCAGAAAAAAAAAAAGUUAUAUUGACUGCUUGCUAUAGAUUCUUUACAAAUAACAUUCAAACUCCAAAGUAUCUUAUCAUCAGUCUGGAACAAACCUCAUAGCCAAUUUUUGUUUCCUUUAAAAAAAUUAAGUCACAUUAAAGUUUUUGUGUACAUUGUUUUGAAUACCGGUAUGUAGGUAUGUAUUACUUGUCGCUAAGUAGUUGAAAUUGUGUGCAAAUUCAAGUAUAAAAAUGACUCAAACAAUAACAUUCCUAUAAACCAUUAUGUACUUUUUUUUCAUACCAAAUUUUUUUUACAUUUUCUUAAAAUGAAUUAAUUUUUAAGAAAGGUCAAAAUAAUGUGGAUAAAAUUGUGUAGUCCAGGAGAUAGAGAUGAAGCUCCUGACCCUGUGGCAUACCAUUGACUAGUCCACAACCAUAAUUGUGAUGUAAUGUUUAAAGUGAUCUUCAAAGGGUGGAGAAUGACUUUGUAAAUUAUCUUACAAUUUUAAGUCACUAAAUAUAGAUUGUAUAAAUUGUGGAGAAUGAUAUUAAUAUUUUUACCAACCUUUUUAAAAUAUUUCUUGUCAAAUUAUUUAUGAUUCUACUUUAUAUCUUAUUUAAAUGUGAUCCUAGUACAAAUAUAUGUAUAUAAAUAUAUAUAUAUUAAAUGUUUGUUCAUUGCUUUAAAUUGGCACUUUGUUACCAUGAAUUGUAGAUGUAAAUAUAGACACAUUGUUUACAUGAAUAAUAGUUGUAAAUAUAGACACAUUGUUUGCAUGAAUAAUAGUUGUAAAUAUAGACACCUUAUUUACAUAUUUAUAAAUAUCUACACUUUCUUUCCAUGUAAUAUAUUUGCUCAAAUGAAAAUAUUUAUGCAUCCUGCAUUAUAUCUAAAUACUUGUAAACUUUUCCACAAACUAAAAGAAUAUAGAGUUAAGUUGUUGUUUUUUUCUCAUCAGAAUAUUCAUUCUACUUAGGCUUUCUUAUUUUUAAAAGAUACCUAGAAUCUUAGUGAUUUUGCUUGACAAUUGAUAAAAUGUCCACUUCUUUUAUUUUGUCUGAAUUUAUUAUAUAGUCCAAGUUAGUACUUGCCUAUAAUUUGGUGACCUAUAGUUUAGUGAAGAUAGGAAAUAGUGUACAAAAAUGUAUCUUUUUUUUUUUUUUAAAUUUUGUUUAUCCAAUGUUUGAUCCGGUUGUGACAAAUAAACCCAGAUUUAGGGAGUUUUUUUCAGAAAAGCCAUCAGUAAAACAUACAUUACAGGCAUUUUGUUUUUAAUAUAUAGGAAUAAACUUAGGUCUAUUUCACACAUUUUUCAACAUAACCCUAAUUAUUUUUUUUACCACGAAUAGAGUUCCCAUGCAAUGGCAUUAAUAAGUUUAAUGAGCAGUUAAAGGAAAAUUGCAUAUUUAUUACUUUUAAAUUAAAAUAGUUUAAUUCACUUAAAAAAGUAUUAAUAUAAUGUUUCUAUUUUGCAACCCUUCCAUUGUAAUUUCUAAUAAUAUUCUUAGUAGACUAAGUAGUUACAAUACCACUCAGUUUUACAUUAAAGACCUGUUUGUUUAAAUAUAAUAGUUCCUAACUUUUUUUGUACAUACCAAAACAGAAUGUUGCAGUGAUAAGAUUUAAAGACUAGUACCAAGUUUAUUUCAUAAACAAAUGAUGAAAUAAGAUAUUUUUUUUUACUUUCUGAUCAUUUUGUUACAAUUUAUUUACAGUUUGUGAAUUUCUUGUUGUACAAAAUAAAAAAAAUUGUUUAUAAGAAAUAAUUUGA